UCAAAAGGAAAUUAUUUUUAAUUUAUGCCCCACAUCAAUGAGAAAUAACAUAUUAUUGUAUCAUCUUUCUCAAUUUGUCAUUUUACAAACCACGAUGUUUUGAUUUUUUUAAAAGGUAAGUUUUGAAACAUCUACACAUCCGUAUUUCUAGGAUUUUGAACACGACCAAUAAUUGUGAGGGAUUUUACUGUUUACAAAAAGCUUCCGGAAAAUCCGGUUAGAAAAUUGGUAGAACAGUACCCCAUUGGAAAAUUUCCUAAACAAACACGACGUCUGAAAAGGUAUUCCUGUUUCCCAUUAAGAAAUCCAAGUUCCAUUUCAAGUCUUCAAACCCACUUUUUUGACAACAGUUUCAGGCUUCCUUAUAUAGAGCCUUUUCACUCGACGAAAAGUUGGAAAUUUAAAAGGGAUUCGACUCCUAUUGAGAGUCCUGUGUCAUUGACUGAAAAAUCUUUUCUCUCUUACGUACAUGUAUUCACCGCGCUCAAAAUUCAUCAUCAAAUCUCUAGCUUUUCUUUUUCUCUAUUUCUUUUUCUUUUACCCAACGUCUGUUAUUCUACAAUCAUGAGGUGACCGGACGAUUGUCGCAUGUUUGUAACCAGCCAAUAAAAGCGUAUGUUUUCUUUGCCACAAGUAAAGAGAAUUUUGUAACCGAUCAAAAGUUUGAAUUAGACCUUAGCUGCAGUCAGGUUAUGCCGCUUUUAGCUCUGUGUAAGUAACGUUGUGAAUUUUCUUCCGAAGUUUGGAGAGCAAUAAAAAAAAAUAGAGUUGCCCUCGGCUACUAGGCCUCGAACAACGCUUAGGCUUUCCUCGCUCGGUAAGCACAGCAUGAUUGCGAAAUCAACCAGUUCUUAAAAGCCAGAAUUUUAGCCAGUGUUUCAUUGUUAUGCAAGAUUCCGCCCGUGAUUAUCUUUAGAAAUCGGACAAGGAAGUGAACAAUAUUACAGGAAUUUAAAAUAAUAAAUCACAACUUUGAAUUCACAACUGACUUAGUAUUAAAUUGUAGAGGCUAGCUCUCAACUCUGCCGUUGCUUAGAAGUUGGAAAGUCUAUUUGUUUACCGUGGAUUCAAAUUCCGUCUGAUUCUCAGAGUCCCCCUCGAGGUUCUCUACAACUUUAUACAGCUACAGCCUUUCAUAUGUCGGUUUUAACAGAAAAAGUAUCCGUUUCUUAGACCUACCCAAGAAGAAUAAAAUGAUAAAACAGGAAAUUUGCUGGUAAUGUUCACGUGGUGUUGAAUAAAUUAAAAUCAAAUAACCAUAAAGUGCAUCUUUUCGAAAUACAUCAUCGGAAGCCUAUAGAAAAGCCAAUAGAUGAUUUCCCUAUAUUUUCAUCAGCAUACUUCAUCCACUUACGAAAGUCAGCACAUGUGAAGGUAGACAUUUAAAAAGGACCUUAUUUUGCUCACAACUGAUAUUAGUUGCCAUUUUAUUAGCUUGUUUGUCUCGAUUCAAUAGACAGUGUAGCACAUCAAAUAAGAUACAUUGUGUUCUGAUAGAUGGUAUUAAGAACAUAAUAUUUGUUUUAAUUUAUACGCCUGUACGUAUAUCUCCUUCAUGCUUGAUUAGCGUAGAUUAUAACUAGCUACUUUUAGGCGUAAAAAUAUUCUUAAGUUUGAAUUUUAAACAAAUAAUGUGUGUGUGUAUGUGUGCAUGUACGUUUGUAGAACUUCACCAAAAAAACGUCUUUUCUGAAUUUAUAAUAUACGCUUUCCUGACAAUCAAUAAAAAGUAAUUCUGAAACUAUUUGCACAAUAUAUUUUAAACUCUUUUGAUAUUUCCGAACGACUACCUCCUAACUGAACCAUUUUGACUAUUCUUUAACAUUUAGAAAGAGAUUUAAAGAAUCAAGUGGGUGUGGCUUUAGCAUGUUUUUACUGAACAGGUGAGCUUGGAUUGGUUGAAGUAUUUUGAUAACAAAUAGGACGUGAUACAUCGCUCGCGUUUGUUCAAGCCACUCCUUUAUCAGCAAGAGCAGAUCGCAAUGAUUUUUUAAACACCUUUCUCCUCGGCGAGAUCAGAAAUGACCCUUGAGCAUAGCUUGAUGCUGUCGCGCUGAUCUGACGCAACAGUUUUAUACACUGAUAGGAAAAACCAAAGAUAAUCUAUUGAGCUAUUCCAUGCCAUGGUCCAGCAAAAGCUAUAAUGGAUAAAACUAAAUAAAACUUUUGGAGAGGUCCUUUUCUCGGUGAGAUAAGAAAUGACCCCUUACCAUAUGUCUUGCAUAAGUCUGUCGCACGUAUAAUCACAUGUGACCCAACAGUUUUUGUAAACUGGAAAAACCAGGAAGAAUUUAUCGCGCUAUUCACUGCAAUGACCUCAAAAACAAUAAUGGAUAAAACUAAAUGAAACUUUUGGAGAGUUGUGCUUAGAAUCACUUUGGUGCGGCGCUAAGCAGGAAAAAAAAUAGAGCGCUCCUCAGGUCAAAUUACGGAUGGUUUGAGCUGGAGAGAUUAAAGUGCUCCUAAGUUCAAUUGUCGGGUUGAUAUGAUCAAAGAAACGUGAAGUGCUUCUCAGUAAAUUCACGAUUGAUACUAGCAGUAAAACUUGAAGAGCUUGAAGUGUGCUGAAAACAAGCAAGACGUGAUGAACCGCUCGUUUGUUUAAGCCCCGCCUCUGCUGCAGACUAUUUGUACGAAGGCCUCGCACAUAUCUUGUCACAGCUCGCAAGACUGUGGAAGUCAUCGCUUCUAGAAAGUCAACUGCAAGAAAUCUCUAGUGACUUUGAGGUAAAAUAACGCUAAAACAUAUACAAAUAGACGCUUUAAUUUCUAGAUUGCCAGGCUUAUUGAGAGAGCUUAUGAUUUACUUUGCCUACGGCGUUCUUUUUUUCUAGCACCAUUUUUACCAGUCUUAGUCUUAUUAACAUAAGGUAUACACAGCCUCUUGACAAAGCCCAAUAAGCUAUGAUCACUUUUAACUUUUUAAAGCAGCCUGAGACGGGAAAAAGAGCCCACAUAUGGUCAAACAGUCCUGCAAACCCGUGUUGAUAACUUGUCGGUAAAUACGCGGGCAAAUAGUCAGCUGACCGAGUAAGGACAAUUGCAGUUAAGGCGUUGUUAGCUCGUUAAGGCCAACACUCAAGAUAUACGGGUUUCCAUAUGCAAUAAACCGAAAGAAUUGACCUCAUGGUAAUGAAAAAAAAUUAUUGUUCAGUAUUUCAAAUUAAAUGGAACGUUGGGAUCGACCAACUAAUCGUAAUUGAAAAUUACGUGGGUACGUAAGCUAAUUUAAGCAUGCCUAGAAACUAUUCGCCUUUCAAUUUUUACUUUAGCCCCACCGCAAAAAUUCCCAAAAGAGGUAACCCUCGGAUUUUUUUUUCUUACUUUCAUAAAAUUUACUAUUUUCCUAUUGUUUGGGGAUUUUCACAUACUCAUUAACGCUUCAAAAAUAGCAGCUUGUUUUCUUUUUUUCCUUAGAACUGUGAAACAAGAUAAGAUGAAGUCCAUUACUCUGGCUGCCAUUCUUCUUGUUGGUUGCGCCGUGGUCAGUGAAGCAGGGUUGAAAUGCCCAUGUAAGAUCAAACUGUUUUAUCAAAUAUAUUUUUUCGCAACCAGCUAGACGCAGUUUAUUUCCUUGCACUCCAUGUUAAUAGUUUUACAGGCGACAGCAAAAUUAUUGUGAAAAAGUCCUCACGUCACAAAAGCAACAUAGAGAAAUUCAAGAAUAUUUCGUAAGAACACGAAAUAGCCGAUCUUGUUUGUUAUUAUUAUAAUAAUUGUUAUUUAUUUAUUUAUUUAUUUUUACUCCUGUUGGUGAUUAGAUAAAUUUCACCACAGAAUAGUACUGCUUCUGAACUUUCGCACAAUUUACCAAGACAGCUUGAGUAUUGAGAUUCUAGAACUGACUGCGCAAGGCGAUAUUAUACUUAAAACUAGUCUCUCUGGAAUUUAUAUUAAACCACUUUUAUAUUUUGGAUCCUAAUUCUGUUGUACUGAUGAUGCGUUGAUAUAUUUAGGUUUCCCAAAAAGGACUUCUGGAAGGAUGUUAGUGGUGAGUAUUAAACCUGCACACUCUUUUCAUUUUUUUGUUUUGUUUUAUUUUUAAAAACACUAAUCAAUCAUAAUAUGAUUUGAAUUUUGGGUCAUUACUUGCUACUAAUAUUUUAAACUUGAAGUUAACUAAAAUCCUACAAGACAGCCAUGUCACUUACUACCCCCAUCUCCGGCCCCGAUCGGAAAAUCGACCUCGAGUCAAUCGUGGGAUUAUGUAUUUGUUUGUACACCAUAUGUAUAAUCUGAAGUAAGUUAAAAGGUUUGGUAAUUGUACUUUUCUCUCUUUAUAGUUCGUCAAGCACCUAUUUAUCGACAUGCCUUAUAAUCUGGAUUUGAAACUUCAGCGUUUUCAAAGUGAUAUGAAGGUUUACACCAAGACAAGCAGAUAUCCGUUGCGCGUCAAUGUGAUCGUUGACUACAAAACCGUAUGUGAAUAUAAAUACAUUUACUUUUUAAAAAAACUUCAUAACAAAAAUCAGACAUUUCGGCACAUAAUUAAGCAAUACAAAACGUCUUACAUAAAUUAAGCGCGAAAAUUCAGAGAUCGUAUCAUAACUAUUUGAAGUGAGUUUUACACUGUGAUGUAAAUGAUACUUAGCGGCAUUCCGGUUUUAAAAUGUGAGUUUGUUGAUGAAUAUAAAGAUUAUUAAAAUGGAUAUGAGAGAUAGGAUUAAAAAGAUUGAAAGUUGAGGUUUAAGUGGGAAUUCAGUUGAUAUCAAGUGAGUUUUUGGGUGACGUUGAUUGGGAAUAAGAGAACAACCGAGGUUAUAAUAAUUUAAUAGCCCACUGAUGAAAAUCGAUUGUGAUAGCAGUUUGUUACAAUGCGCCAAUUGCACAUCUCCCAUAAUGCAUCUUAUUUGCCCUUAUUUGCCCCCCCCCCCCCCCACCUCCCCCCAAAAAAAUUGCAUAACCCCUGUUUUUCAUUUCUCCUGGUGUUACAGCCGUCUCAACAGAAAUUGAAAACAAUGCUUAUGAGACAUUUUGGGGGCAAUUAAGGUGCAUUAUGGGAGAUGUGCAAGUUGGACAAUGAUAAAGGUAUAUGUAAUCGUUUUAUUGACAAGCGCUGACAUUAAUACCUUCAGUAAUAUUUCGCUAUGUUUGGUAUCAUUUCAUAGAAAAGAAAAUACUUGGUCUUUAACAGAAGGUGCUAUGUGUUACAAUUCGAGGAUCCAAUGCCAGGUGCUGACCAGUUGAAAUUUUUGAAGCUCAUAGCUAAGGGAAGGCUGGGAAUGGUCGGAGCCGAAGUCGGCGUUUACAUCUUCAAAAAGGGUUUAGGUAAGUAGAGAAGACACUGGGAAGAGGAAAUUAAAGAAACUGAAAAACCAAAAGUACUAAAAUCAAGGAACAAAACUUUCAAACUUUCUGGUGUGAAGUGCCCUUUUAAAGUCAGUCUUAAGUAAACAAACAAACUUUCAUCCAUUGAUUCAAACAAUAAACUUAUGACGAGUUUUGCAUUCUUGCAUCACACAUUCAGAUGGCCGAGAAACUUCGAUCGACCUUAGGUGUAAGAAUAACAUACAUUAUUAACUAAAUCAAGAAGUACGAACAAAGGAAAGCACUACCGUGACAAAGGUUUGGAAAAUGGAUCUCGAUGAAGGUUUGCAGAAAUUUAGCUUUUGUUUCUCUUAAUAGUUUUUCUGCACUCAAGAAGCUAUAUCAAACAAGUGUUUUACCCAGUAUCCACACACCACGAUGUCAGACGAAGAGAGGAAUUUCUCCUCUCUCGAUCAGGCUUUAAAAUAAUCAGGUUUGGAGGAUAUCGCAUAUCACAUAUCACAUAUCACAUAUCAAAUAACACAUUUCAUAUACCGUACAUGACAUAUCAUCUAUCACACAUGACAUAUCGCACAUCAUAUAUCACGUAUCACAUAUCACAUAUCAGUGUCUGAAUAUCGGAUGAGACACUGCGUGACUGUUUCAUAACCCAACAUUAAAAAAACAGUUGAGUAUAUUAAAGCCAUUUCGAGGCCCAAAAUCCAGUUCGAAAAGUUGUAAUUUUCUCUUUUUGCUUUCAUGAAUUAUUUAAGAUCAUAAAUAGAAAAGAAACAUAUUUUUAUAAAGACAUAACUAGUUCUGUACAUAACAGACGGCAUCACUUAAGACGAUACUUAUCCAAAAUUCUUGAGGGAAACAAGGUGCAUUAUGGGACAUGUGUAGGUGGCGAAUUAGAUUACAAUCAAGAAGAAUCGAGCUUGUGGCAAACCGCACUAAACGAAAAACCAUAGAUUCGAGAAAGUGAAAAUGACACACAUUAGGAAAUCAGACGAAACUGAGUAAAGUGCUUUUGGAUCUGUAAUUGUAAUGAACAGCAAAGGCAGGUAAAUUGAAAACGCCGUCAGUGGUACAAGUUGACGUUUGCCGGUCAGAGUACCAAUAGUAACUUGAUGCGUAGGAAUUUGGGCUGAUGUAAACACCAUACUGCAAUGUAUUGAGUUAUAAAUUGUUUUUAUCCUCAGCAAGUGGAGUUCUCACAUUGGAAGACAACGAUAUGUGUCAACCGCAAACUUUUACAGGAAAGGUUCAUAACAUUGGCCUCACCGUGAGGUAACGAUAUUCAUUAAAUAAACAACAACACAAUAUCAUAGUCACGUAGAAGGCACGUAGUAUUCAAAUUUCUGAAAUAAGUCUUAAAGCCAAUGGCCAGUAUUUCUAAGGCGGGGCUGGAAGCCUCGCUCUAUGAGGAGAUGAUACUGAUUUAUAGUUAAUUGUUGUUCAAUACACUUCACAUUUUACGAAAGUCAUAACUGUCCUGUCUUUCGCGUCACUACGAAUGCUUUUGUACGAAAAGGAAUACCGUAUUUAUUCGAUUAACCGCCCUGGGCGCUUAUUAAAUUUUUGGACCUUGAGAGUGGGCGCUUAUUCGAGGUGGGCGCUUAUUCGAGGCUGGGCGCUUAUUAAAUUUUCUCCAUUUUCAGCAAGUGAAGUAUGUUUAUUUUGCAACAAAACAACAAGUGCUAAUAACAAAACGCGAAGAAGUAACAAAGCAAGGUUUCUGUAAAAUACUCUGAAGAAAUCUCCGUCCUCGGGAAAGUCUCUUAUUAGAAUUUAUUCACUCAAGUGGAUGGGGUGGGGGUGAGCGCUUGUUUGAGUUUGAUUGGGAGGAGGAGGGGUGGGCGCUUAUUCGAGGCUGGGCGCUUAUUAACUUUUUCUGCCUUUAGGAUGGGUGCUUGUUCGAGGUGGGCGCUAAUUUGAGGUUGGGCGCUUAUUCGAAUAAAUACGGUAUUUGUUAGUUGCAAAUGUAAUCGUUAUGCUUUUCCCUGAGGCGUUGGGAAAUAAGCUAUCAAUGUUCGGUAAUUAUCAUUGUUAUGGGUAGAGACUUUUUUUUUUACAUAUGAACCCAUUAAGAUUUCAUUUGUGUAUAUAUAUAUACUUUUAUAAUUUUUCAUCCUUAAAUUGUUGCUGCUUUGUUGGUUUUUUGCAUGCUUGUUUGUUGUUCUUGGUCUCGUUUGCUUGUUUUGUAUUUGUUUUUAUCGGAUACUCAUUACCGAAAAAUUUUGACUUAAGCAUUUAGUGUAUUGGAAUUGUACUUUUGUAUGUAUACUUGCUUGUUUUGUAUUUUUUUUUUUAUCGGAUAUUGAUUCCCGAAAAAAGGCUGCUUUUUUAACCGAAGCACUUUGCGCACUGGAAUUCCAUUUUAUAUACUGCAUGAAUAAAAAAAAACCUCUGUAAGAAGAUGAGCUUAUGUCCCUUGAGAGUGUUUUAUAUGACGUCACGUCAGCCAUUUUGGUGUCCCAAAACAAUGAAACUGCGGCCAUAUUAGUGUCCCAAACCAGUUCUGUGGGAUUUGAACAUUUUUCUUUUGCAAAGACUUUCUUUUGUAUCAAUUAAUGUACAAAGCAGCUGGCCACGUGGGUGAAAAAGCUCUAUACACAGAUUAAAAUCGGAAAAUAAAAUUGAACAAAACGAAUACUAAAGUGGAAACGGUUUAUUUACUUAACAGCUACCUAAACAUCAAAUCCACCGUCAAUCCCUAUAAGCUUCGAAUUCCGCUUAUCUGCCUGAGAAGCAUUGGUCGCCGCACGUUGGACGACGAAGACGAAGGACCACCACCGCCAGACGCCAAUCCCCCAGGCGUUCCACCACCCGUUUUGUAA